AUGUCUUUUCCGAUCUGUUUUCCCAGGUCCGUUGAUGCACCAACCUCCAGUCAAAUCGGUGGAGAUAUUAAGAUAGAACCAAAGCCUGAUCCUCCUAAGGGCCCGAAAAGUCACACAGUUGGUGAAGCAAUGAAGUGCAUUGACUUCUAUCUUCUUUGGGGCAUCGUGUUCUUGGACAUCAUAUCUGUUGUGCUACUCACGUCGACUUACAAGAUUUAUGGACUUCAAAGCAAGUUUGAUGAUCAAUUUCUGUCUGCCGUUGCAACUGUCAGUGCGGCCUUUAACUGUUUGGGUCGUGUUUUCUGGGGGUUCAUGGUGGAUCGCUUUUCCUCCAAGUGCCCCAGUGCCCUUCUAACCGCAGCCAUUAUCUCUCAAUUCAAACUGGCUGGUCAAUGGAUACCUGUCUACACAUUAUGUGGAUGUACCUGUCUCAUCGCCUUCAUCCUCGCCCUCUUCAUCCGCGACAAAGAUGCGCAUUGCGUGGGUUUCACCAACAAUAUCUGCGCUGCGAUUUGUGAUCCCUUGCGCAAGGGAUAUUUGGAGGAGACCUUGGAGGAUUUGGACGAAACUUUCGAAUCCGAUGGGCCCUCGUCAAUAGCACUGCAAAAGUCUGCCUAG